AUCAAAUGGAAGUAAAACAAGAAUUUAGUGAGGAGACAUGUACAUAAAUAUUGACAUGGAUAAUGCUCAUCUGGAUGGCCUUAAAUGUGAGAUUAAAGAGGAGCUCAAUACAGAAAGUAAUGGGAACACCUCUAAUUAUUUAGGCUUUAAAGAAUUUCCCAAAAAUCCUGAAAUAUAACAAGAGGAUAAUGGAUAAUAAACUUAGCCUGUUUAAAGAAAACUGAAAAAGAAAUACUUUGCUUGACCCCAGAAUCCCUUAAGAUGACGUCAGAGAGGCCGGCGAAAGCUCUGCCUAGAAACCAUCGACACGGUGCAACCCAGAAGCCUGGUAAAAGAUACAAAUAUAUGGUGAUAUUCGACAGUUUCUUAUGAAAUAUGAGAGUUUUGGAGGAAAGAAGCACUUUUUGUUUGAUUGCCGGUGUUGUAGUGGGUUUUACGGUAGCUUUUAUAGUCCUAGCGCCUAGUACUAUCUACAAAGACAACCUAAAACAUUUGAGACAGGUAAUCCAUAGUCAUGGACAUAGCGAUGGACAUCAUCACGAUUUCCACAACGAAGAUGAAAUGGAUGAUGUUGACGUUGUAGGGGAGGUAGGGGAACACGGAGAAAAUGACACGUUCCACCUAAUGACAGAUUCGUCCCUAGCAGAAUCUCUUAAGAAAAAGGUUAGAGUAUUAUGUUGGGUUAUGACUGGACCAGACAACCAUGAGAAAAAAGCAAAACAUGUCAAGGCAACAUGGGGAAAGAGAUGUAACACUUUAUUAUUCAUGAGUUCAAAAGCAGAUCCAAAUCUACCAGCAAUACCAUUGAACGUAAGUGAAGGAAGAAAUAAUCUCUGGGCUAAGACCAAAGCUGCUUUUAAAUAUGUUUACGAUAAUCACAUAAAUGACCAUGAUUGGUUUAUGAAAGCGGACGAUGAUACGUAUGUGAUAGUGGAAAAUCUGCGGUAUAUGUUGCUACCAUUAAGUCCCGAUACACCAAUUUACUAUGGUUGCCGAUUUAAGCCGUACGUUUCACAAGGAUACAUGAGUGGGGGAGCAGGUUAUAUACUAAGUAGAGAAGCGUUAAAACGAUUUGUUGAGAAAGCGCUGCCAGACAAAGGGAAGUGUAGACAAGAUAAUGAAGGCGCAGAAGAUGUAGAAAUGGGAAAAUGUUUAGCAGCAGUAGACGUGGCCGCAGGUGAUGGGCGAGAUCCCGAGCUCAGAGGAAGAUUUUUUCCUUUUGCCCCCAGCCAUCACUUAAUUCCUGGACAUGUCGAUAAAAAUUUUUGGUACUGGAAAUAUAUUUAUUAUAAUGAAACUCAGGGAAUGGAUUGUUGUUCUGAUAACGCUGUAUCUUUCCAUUACAUCGAGCCUAGUAUGAUGUACGCCAUGGAAUAUAUGAUAUAUCAUUUGCGACCAUUUGGAAUUGCCUAUAAGCCAGCAUUACCAGAAAAUCUUGACACGAUAAAUAGAGACACUGCCGAUUGAUAAAAAAAUUUAACAGAAUAUUAGGCAUUAUUAAGGCAGGUUACUGUUAAUAAGAUACCCAGAAAAUUCUGCAACUGUACAAGCGUCAAAAGAAGAAAUAUAAAAAAUAAAUUAAAUUUCUUAAAAUAAUUUAAUACCUUAUAAUAGUGGUUAAACAUGGCCAGCAAGCUUACAAUUUAUAAUAAUAUUCCAAAGUCUCUCUAUCAUUGACUUUCCUUUCCUAUGUCUACUUUUUGAUACAUUUUUGCAAUUGAAUGAAGUUUCUUGGUUAAGAUUUCGUAUACUACCUUUUCUUCGAUUUCUGGUACAAGUAGACGAAUUUCUUUCAGUUUUAUGAAUUAUUAUUUUCACAUUUUUCCCACUAUCAUCAUCAUCAUAAAUCAGGCAAUCGCGUCCACUGCUGGACAUAGGCGUCCCGCAGUUCUUUCUAGUUUUUCUCUGCACUGUGCCGCUUUUAGCCAGUUUUCCGCUACUCUUUUUAUAUCGUCGGUCCUUUUAGUCGGUGGUCAUCCUCGGCUUCUUUUCUAAUUUCUGGGCCUCCAUUCCAUGAUUCGUAGUAUCCACCGUCCAUCUUGUGUUCUAGCUAAGUAUCCUGUCCAGUUCCACUACGCGUCGUAGUUAUUUCGAUGACGUCUUGAACUCCUGAUCGCUGCCUGAUUUGUUGGUUUGUUAUGUGAUCUCGAAAGCUCUCACGUUCAGCAUUGCACGUUCCAUUGCUCGUUGUGUAACUCUGAGUUUAUUUGCGGAUUUUUCGUAAAUGUAAAAGCCUCUGCUCUAUAAGUUUGUACAUACAAAACACAUUGGUUAUAAACAUUUCGCUUGAGAAAUAUGGGAAUUGAACUUUUUAGAAUAUGGCUUAAUUUGCCAAAUGCUGCCCAUAUAAGGCCUAUUCGCCUCUUUAUUUUUUGUGUUUUUGAUUGUCUCUGCUUAUUUUGAUUUCGUGUCUCAAAUAUUUGUAAGUGUCUGUUUGUUAUAUUAUAGUAUUAUUGUCAAUAGUUAUGUUUCCAAUCAUUACCAGAUUUGUCAUAAGUUUAGUUUUCUCAGUUUAUUUUUAAUCCUGCUUUCUCAGACAGAGUUUUCAGCGAAUGUAUCAUGGAAACUGUAUCUUGCAAGUUACCUAAGAUUAAUGCAUCAUCCGCAAACCUCAGAUGAUUUAAUCUUUCUCCAUUGAUCUCUCUUUCUCUAUUGAUGCCUAUAUCUUGCCUUGAGUAUUCUUAAAUAUUGACUCUAGAAUUAAAGCUACCUUGAACAAUUUUGGUGAAAUAUUGUCUCCUUUUUUCCCACUAUAGUACAUAUCAAAAUUGAACAUUGUAUUAAAUGGUUAUUUGAAUCCGAAUAUUCAAUAUGUGCAUAAUUGCACUGCAAAUAAGUUUCGAUUUUGCACAGUAUUUAAAUAAUUUACAAACUCUGGUUUGAUGCAAUAAACAAGUAGUGACUAGUUUAUUGUGAAUUUAAUUCUCUAUUGAGUUGUCGAUACAUGUAACUGUUUGGCUCUUCUUCCACCACCGCAACGUAACUACAACUCGACUGCAAUGCAACUCAUCAUCAUCAUCAAUGGCGUUACAACUCUUCGUUAGUCUUUGCCGCGUUUACAAUUGCCUUCCAUAUUUGUCGGUCCUGUGCCACUAUUUCAAUCCCAUUUGUAUCAAUCCCAUUUUCUCCAGAUCUUCUUUGACUUCAUCUUUCCACCGUUUUAUAGGCCGUACUGCAGACGUUCUUCCAUCUGGCCCUUCUCAGAACACAUAGUUUAUAAGGCGAUUGUCGUUACUGCGUAUCACAAGCCCUGCCCAUCUGAGUAUAUUGGUCUUUAUAUAUCUGACUAGAUUUUCCUUUCCGAAUAGAGACUCUAACUCGUUAAUGUAUCUGCGCCUCCAUUCCUUUGUCACGCUGUCUCCGCAAAGACCAUAUAUUAUUAUUCGAAGAAUUUUACGUGCCCACACUAGCAAUUUAUUUACUUCUCUUUUUUAGCGUCCAUGUUUCGCUUCCAUACGCGACUGCUGGUCGUAUUAUAGUCUUAUAUAUCUGGAUUUUUUACCUCGUGAAACAAGUUUUGACUUCAUGACUGACAAGCCAGUUGAAUCGCGAUGAGUUGCGUGUCAAUUCGUUUUAGGCCGCGUUUCAGUUGCGUUGGUGAGAGGACUUUGUGCUAAAAGCGCGUGUCCGACUCCUAGUUGACUGUAUGGCAAUUAUAACGUGACUAUAUAUGCAGUAGACUUGCAAUAGGGAACUUGCACAUUUUUUUUAUUACAUAAUAAUGUUCAGUUUUGUAUAAAAAUGAGAUUUCCAAAAUUUCGCGCUUCAAAAACUAAUAAUAACUUAGAAGUACAAAUUUAAAGUCUUCGGUAUCUUAAAAUAGUUCAAACGACCCGUGACGUUACAGAGUUUAACUAUAUGGUUCCGUUUAUGGUUAUAUUUAGGAAUAUUCUUCUUCUUCUUCUUUAGUUUAUUGGCCUCCACCUACUUGGGUAUUUGUCCAGCUCGUCGUCGAGGAAUAAAGGAAAAAUAUUUAUAUUCUAAUGACGUUUAUCGUAUGUCAUUGUAAUAAAUAUAUACCAGUUUGUUAAAAUUGGAGUUUGAUACAGUUUUUGAAGGAAAUGAAAGAAGGUUUACUAUUGAAAAUAAAACCAUUUUGUAAAAGUACAAGUUUUCUAUGAAUAGUUCAAACGAUCAAAAACGUUUAUAAUGUCUAAUUUAAAAUUAUGCUUUUUCUCAUGAGCAUCUUUCAGUGUGCCACAGUUUUUCGAUUUCAUUCUAACGCAUUAAAUUGUAUGUGACAGAAAAAAACAUACGUCGGUGAUUACAUUUCAUCGGUGACAUUUAUAACAUUUAUUCUAGUUGUCAAUAGAUGGCGCUAUAAUAAAAAAAAAUUAUUUACGAAUUAUGUAAUAUUAUAUCUACGAAUAUAAUCUGUACAAUUUAUAAAAGACUAUACAAAUCAAAGAAAAUACCAUUUUAUAAAUGCAAUAAACACAAUUGAUUUGUUUUUAUGCCAAAUUGCAAAUAAAAUGUGACAACUGUCAGAUUUAACUAAAAUGUCAUGUUGGAAUAAAUGUCAUAAAUGUGUAUUAUCACGGACUUAUCUUUUUUCUAUCAUUUGUGACGCACUGAAAAAUGCUCAUGAAAAGAAGCGUAUACAUACAAUUGGUGUAGAAUGUAAACAUACAACCCCGUGACGUCACAACGCGUUUUUGGCUGGCUGGUAUAAGUUGAAUUUUUAGUCGUCUUUAGGGGCCAAACGAAAGACAAACAAAACUUUUUAUCUUUGAUACAUGUUCUAAAUUAUGUUCCGUUAUGAUUUAUACUAUUUUUUUCGAAUUUAAAAUUUUAUGCAAGUUCCUUAUUGACUUGCGACGGUAAACGACGAGCCUUAGAGCGAAUGUGACUUUCCUCUGAAAACUAUACAUUUUUUAAGAAAUCAGCAUCUUAUUCAAACCAUGACAAAUAUAUACUGUCCAUGCAGUUGCAUAAUCAUCUCAAGAUGUAUGUAUGUAUAAAAUGUUUAUUGCUAAAAUUAUAGUUUCGUAUCAGACUGGUAUAAAAAGUACUUAGAUAAAUACAAAGGCUGUUAUACUUUAGCGUAUUGAAUGUAAAGAUCUAUGGAUGUAUGCAUGCAUGAAUUACGAGUGUAUGUAUGUAUCACAUCGUUUCAAAAGUUGUGCAUCACCUAAAAGUAUGCUCAUUUUCAUAGUUGAUUGUUUCAUGAACACCUUUUUUUAGAUUUUUGUUUGGUAUUUAUAUAGUUUGGGUAAAGGUUUACUCAAACCUCUUUUUUGUACUCAUGCCGGGUGGAAGAAAAUAAAUAUUUUUCGUAUGUUAAGUUUGAGACACCCUGUAUGGAAGACAUGGUACAAGACGGUACAAGUGUAAGUAUACAUCGAAAUCCUAUUGCAGUCUUAUCUUUUGUGAACAUUUUGUUUGAUGACUGUCCCUGAUAUCUUUAGAAACAAAGAAAAUAGACGGUUUUAUUUUUUAACAUGUGUUUUAACCGAAACAAAAGUUUGAGACACCCUGUAGAGAGGAAAAGGUAUGGUAAAAUAAAAAAACUUAGCGGAAUCCGUUAAUCUGUUCAAGAAAAAAUCAACUAUGAAAAUAAGCAUAAUUUUAGCUGAUGCAUAACUUUUGAAUAUAAUGUGUAUUACUAUGUAUAUAGUGUAGAUAUCAAACUAAAUGUUACAGAAGAAUUGUAUUUUAUUGUAUCGCAGUGAUUUUUUAAAAAAGAAUAAAGCGAUUCUUGUUACAAACAA